AAAGCCACUUAAGCUGCUGAAAUGGGAUGGGAGCCCGAAGAAGAAGAAGGGGAGGUUCAGAGCUGCUCCAGGAGGAAGCCGAGCAGGAACUCCAGCAAAGAGGACUCCCUCGUUGUAAUCCCAGCAGCAUCCGAGGAAAGGGUUGGGGAGCACAGGCCUCCUCCUCAAGAGCAGAGCUCAGGCUAUAUCCCCCUCCUGGGCUUAGAGGGCUCUUUGGCCUCCCGCGCGUGGAUCUAAUGCUCCGGAGAAGGCGCUGCUGCUGCUGAAGAAGAAGAAGAAGAGGAGGAGGAGGAGGAGGAGGAGGAGGGCUGGGAGCCAGGAGGAGGCUCCGGGGAGGAAAGAGGGCAGCGGGAGGAUCGGCUUGCGAAGCCCCCGGAGGCAGAGAAUGGGGAGCAAAGCUCUGCCGGCACCCAUCCCGGUGCACCCCUCCUUGCAGCUGACCAACUACUCCUUCCUACAGGCGGUCAACACUUUCCCAUCCACGGUGGACCCCUUGCAGGGCCUCUAUGGCCUCAGUGCUGUCCACACCAUGCAUAUGAACCACUGGACGCUGGGAUGCUAUGCCGCAGCUGCCGCGGCCUCAGGUAGCACAGGAGUGGGGUCAGCCCAAGGCUUGGUGGAGCGGUUCCCCUUCCCAGCACUGCCCUUUGCUGCCACCCACCUCUUCCACCCGAAGCAGGCGGCCGCCAUCGCCCACGUCCUGCCAGCACUGCGCAAGGAGCGGCCCCGCUUUGACUUUGCCAAUCUGGCCCUGGCCGCCACGCAGGAGGAUCCACCUAAGGCACCCCAGGCUGCAGGAGCCUCCCAGGGUGAGCUGGGCAAGUUGGUCGGAGGGCCUCUAGGCAAGCUGAGCCCUGAGCGCAAGGCACCUCGGGGUCGGCUCCCCUCCAAGACCAAGAAGGAGUUCAUCUGCAAGUUCUGCGGGAGGCACUUCACCAAGUCCUACAACCUCCUCAUCCAUGAGAGGACCCACACCGACGAGCGGCCCUACACCUGCGACAUCUGCCACAAGGCCUUCCGGAGGCAGGACCACCUCCGAGACCACAGGUAUAUCCAUUCCAAAGAGAAACCAUUCAAAUGUCAGGAAUGUGGGAAAGGAUUUUGCCAGUCCAGGACUCUAGCAGUUCAUAAAACUUUACACAUGCAGGAAUCUCCACACAAAUGCCCCACAUGUGGAAGAACCUUUAAUCAAAGAAGUAACCUGAAAACUCACCUUCUCACCCAUACAGACAUCAAGCCCUACAACUGUGAGCAGUGCGGCAAAGUGUUCAGGCGAAACUGUGAUCUGCGGAGGCACAGUCUAACUCACACCCCGCGGCAGGACUUCUAGAACAGCCAAGAACCUCCACAGGGAGCUAACUCUGGCUCAAGGACUUGAACUGUAGGAAAAUCUUGAUGUCUGCACACAGGCAGGCAAAUAUAUGCAGGGGCCCAAUUCUCCCUGUCCCCCCCCCCCCCGACUCCAGCUAAAUCCUCUGUGAGACUGAGGUGGGCAGAAGAACAUCGGUCCCGAGCCUUCUCCCCACACCGAGAGCACAGGCCGAUUCCUUGUAGAUAAUAAGAGCGCAGCUCAUUUUCGAGCUUUGUACAGAAGAAACUGUGGUAUCAUGUGUUUGCUUCCUAUCGUCUUACCAAACGCACAUUGGUAAAACCCUCAAAUCUGGGAGUGAAAGUAUUGUUUUUCAAAAUGUAUUUCAAAAUAAACAUUUUCCCCACCAAAAGCUCUCAUACUUGGCUUAUGCAAUUCUUUAUUUAAUUUAUUUAAUUCUUUCCCCUUUCUGUAAAUUAAUAAUCAAGUGAACUAAAGUCUAGUUAUUUAAGCUAACUGUAUUUCUAUGUUUUUAUUUUUCUUUCUGUGAGAAAGCAUUCUGAUUUGUUUUAAAUUACUUGUAUGUUUGUAAAAGGAAUCUAUAUCUGCUAGUGUUUAAUGGU